AUGGCGCACCCCGACGCCCCAAUGGCCGACGCGCAGGCCAAGACAAUCGACGCAACACCACACGUCGGGCAGACCAUCAGCCACGAGGGCAAAGAGUACACGACCAUCAAGGAGGGCCUGGCGCACAUCCUGGUGCCCCACGACACACCCACAUCGACCGACCCGCGCAUGUCGAAGGAGGAUACGCAGAAGCAGCAGGUCUUCUACAACCCGAUCCAGCAGUUCAACCGCGACUUGAGCGUGCUCGCGAUCAAGACGUUCGGCUUGGACUCGGUGCAGAGGAAGCAGGAUAGACACGCGAAGCAGCUGAAGAAAGGGCCGAGGAAGCAAAAAGCGCAGAGAAAAGAGGCGGCAGAAGGGCCGGCCGAGGAGGUGGAAGAGACGGUCGACGAAACAGCCGCCGAGGACGAGAACACGCUGAACCGCAAUCUAGACGACGAGAACACACUGAAGCGCAAGCUGGCCCAGGAUGAAACAGACGACGGUGCUGCGCCGGCGAAGAAGCAAAAGGUCAUCGAGAACGGCCAUGUGUUGGAGGAGGGAGAGGUAGCGGAAACGCAAGCGGACGCGAAAGAGCCCAGGCCAUGGAGAGCACCCUUCACCAUCCUCGACGCUCUCUCUGCGACCGGUCUGCGAGCGCUACGAUACGCAAAAGAGAUUCCCUUCGCAACGUCCAUCACGUCCAACGACAUGUCGACGAACGCUGUCGAGUCAAUCAAGCUGAACAUCAAGCACAACAAGCUGGAGGACACCAUCAAACCCAACACAGGGAACGCCAUUGCCUACAUGUACAGCUACUGCGACAAGAACGGCUACGAUGUGAUUGACCUGGACCCCUACGGCACAGCCGCGCCCUUUAUCGACUCUGCCAUACAGGCCAUCACCGACGAUGGGCUGCUUUGCGUCACAUGUACGGACUCUGCUAUCUUUGCGUCACACGGCUAUCUGGAGAAGACCUACUCGCAGUACGGGGGUCUGCCAUUCAAGGGCGAAGCAUGCCACGAAGGGGGUGUUCGUCUGGUGCUGCAUGCGAUCGCCUCUUCAGCUGCACGGUACGGCAUGGCGAUAGAGCCGUUGCUUUCACUGUCAAUCGACUACUACCUCCGAGUCUUUGUGCGGGUGCGGAAGGCGCCUAAUGAUGUCAAGCUCCUGGCCGGCAAGACCAUGCUCAUAUACUCCUGCGACAAUGGCUGCGGAGCGUGGACCACACAAUUCCUUGCACGCAACAAGGUCACAAAAAAUAAAAAGGGCGAUCCAUUCUACAAGCACGGCUUUGCCGCCGGUCCUUCGGCAGACGAGCACUGCAAGCACUGCGGGAUCAAGACGCACAUUGUUGGCCCAAUGUAUGGCGGGCCUAUCCACAACGUAGGCUUUGUCGAGAGAGUGCUUGCUCAACUGAACGAAGUCGAUCGUGAGACCUACCCAACAAUGGACCGGAUAGAGGGCAUGCUGCGUACAGCGUUGGACGAGAUCACGCUCGGGACGAAACGGAAGGACGACCAGAGCAAACAGAUGCUCAGCCCUCUCAUUCCCAAGGCUGACCCAGCGGAGAUAGAUCACCACCCCUUUUUCUUCAUUCCCAGCUCAAUCUCCAGGGUCUUGCAUUGCUCGGCCCCCCCCUACAGCAGCCCUGCGAGCCACUGCAAACCUGGGUCACUCAAGACAGACGCAUCCUGGACAGACAUAUGGCACAUCAUGACAGAAUGGAUCCGCCAAAAGGCGCCGCUCAAGAACCCGCUGAAGGAGAACACUGCAGGCCGCGCAAUCAUGUCGAAACCUUGCAUGAGCCCAGUGGAAACAAAAGGCGCAGCAAAAGAUGCCGCCACGGUAGAGAAGCCGACUGCACAGGAUGGCGAGGCUGCUGAUGUCGAGAUGGCAAACACAGAAACAGCAGAGCGACCCUCAUACCUGGGCACCAACUUCGAAGUCAACUUCGACGAGAAGCUGGGCAGAGACCACGACAGAGGCAAAUACGUCCGCUACCAGCUCGCGCCGCGCGAGAACUGGGGCCCCAUGGCCCGCGCAAAGUGA